CUACUGUAAUCCUAUUACAUCACACCGUAUUAUUUCUGAAAUGUAACUAACCAUGAUGUCAAAGACAUUAUUAGCAGAGACAGUACACAGCAAAGACAGGUAGUCACACCAAACACUCAGCUCUCCUGAGGAUUCAUCAUGUCAAGUUCACCUGAGAUUGAGGAACUACCAGCAACACAAACAGGGCCCAAAGGUGUGAUCCAUGACUGGAGAAAGUUCAAACUUGAGAGUGAGGACCAUGAAAGCGUCCCUUCCAACAAGAGAGAGCUCCUCAGACAGAUGUCCAACCCCAAAUCCAGUAAUGACGACACCCGGGAAAAAGUCAGCCGCAAGAUGAGCGUUCAGGAGUAUGAAAUGAUCCAAGAAGAGGAUGAAAGGUGUCUGCGUAAGUAUCGCAGACAGUGCAUGCAGGAGAUGCACGAGCGCCUGAGUUUUGGGCCUAAAUUCGAUGCUGUGUUUGAGUUGGAUAGUGGGGAGGCCUUCUUAGAUGUCAUCGAGAAAGAGCACCGCAUAACCCUAGUGGUUGUACACAUCUAUGAUGAUGGGAUCAGAGGAUGUGACGCUCUCAACAACUGCUUGACUUGCCUGGCAGCAGAGUAUUCCACCGUCAAAUUCUGCCGAAUCCGAGCUUCUGCCACAGGGGCGGGUGAGCGUUUUUCAGAUGACGUUCUGCCCGCCCUGCUCGUGUACAAGGCUGGAGAGCUGCUGGGCAACUUCAUGUCCAUUACAAAGCACCUGAAUGAGGAGUUCUUCGCCAUGGAUGUGGAGAACUUCCUAAAUGAGUACGGUCUGCUGCCAGAGAAAGAGUUUGCAGCCAGUCCCGAUGAGGAAGAGAAUGCUGAUGUAGAAUAAUCAAGGAAAUUCAAAGGGUGGAAAUGAAUUACAUUAGUCAACCUGUCAGACUUGUUCCAGAGAUAGAUCGAGAAAUGACGCUGUGACUACUGGACCAUGACUCCCAACAAACACGCACACCUCAAUGCAUCUACUAGCACGUGAUUUACAGCGGUUAAAUACUUCAUAGUGUUAUCAAAGGCACACAGUCAUGCUCAUUUCAUUUGCCAGGGUUCCCACAAUUUUUGAUUAAUGAGUUUCCAUGAAUUUCCUAUGCCCUUUCCAGUUUGUUAUUUGUGAGUUUCUAGUUUGUGAUUACUGGAUAAGGAUUUUUAAAAACCAUUUAUAUUAAGAUCAACUCACUCAUGAAUCAUUCUGACUGAUUUAUGAAGCAGUUCAGCUGAUUUGCAGUGAAAGGGAAAAGACUCACAAGGAUGAUUUUUCAGAUCCAUUGAGAAGUUCUCCACUGUAUCACGUCGCAGUGUUUUGGUCGACUCAAGUUUAAGUGCUGACUUCUUGUCCUUUCCCAAUCCCAUUCCCCUGUCUCUCCUCAAAACUAUUAUAUCUAUAUAAGGCAAAAAUGCCC